AUGUCUUCCCUUUCGCCCAUCAACACCGCCGCCGCCAUGUCAGCCUCCCCGUCUGCUGGCGGCAGCAUGUCGCCUAGGCAGGCCGCUGCCCCCAAGAAUGUCGCAUUUGAGCUUCUCUUUAUGGACUCGCCUCAGUACAGAGCGCGCUUGCCCAUGAGAGUCCAGAUUUACCCUCACGAUGCCACGGAGUCCAUUGUCACCACUGUCAAGAACUUCUAUGGCCUCUACUCCAACGCCACCACCUCCAAGGGCGUCAGCUUUGAGGACGAGCACGGCAACACCCUCAUUGCCCGCUACGAAAACUUUACAAAUAACAUGAAUGUCUAUGUUCGUGUCAUUGAGGAAGGCCCCGUUGUCCCUGCAAACUACGGCUCCAGCUCGUUUCACACAGCCAUGCCAGGGGCCGCCGCCGCUGCCCCCGAGGGCUACUACGCCGACGGCUACCACCAGUCCACAGACCGCGUGGCACGCCCGGGCAGUCGUUCACCCUUGGGCAUGGUCCGCGAUGACCUCAGCGAAUCUGCUAGCGUAACAAGCAAAGAGCAGCUUGGCACUACAGAUAUCAGCGUCGACAACAUUGUCGAGGGUGGUAGACGUAAACGUGCCAAGUUUGAAUCUUCGGAGCUCCCUCUUUUUGCUCCUCCUCAGAUGCCGGCGGCCACGUCGAACCCGUCCGUAUCGCCUGCUCGUCGUAUUGACCAGCACCGCGCCCCAGUCGGUUUCAACCAGUCCAGCCACAACCCCUUCACGAACCCUCGAUCGAUCCACUCGUCGCAAUACUACAGCAACAAUAUUUAUGCAACGCCCAAUUCUGAAGACCGCCGUCAUCGCGGAAGCAUCAGCUACGGUAGCGGAAACGGCGUCUUGCCUACGCCGGAUCCCACUGUUGGCAGCUGCAUGUCGGAAGAGGACAAGGACGUUGCCAUCCAGCUCAUGAGACUUGGUGAAAUGUCCAAUGUUCCCCACGGCCGAACAUCAGCUUCUACACAUGAUGAUACCUUUAGCGGCAAGGCCGACGCUGCCUCCUCUACUGGCGCCACUAGCGAUGGCGAGAGUGACAGCGACAACGACUUGCCCCCUGCCCGCCGCCAGAAGCUGGACAUGUCUGGCAACUCCCGCUCCAUUUACCCUACCACGGAGAGCAACUUUAUGCUUGCCCCCAGCAAGGUAGAGUACAGCAGCGAAGAGGAGUAUGACAACCAGCCCAAGCCUGCACCCGCGUCCAAGCCCAAGGCAUCCAAGCCCAAGGCUCUUAAACCCGCGGCUACCAAGACAAAGAAGGUUGCUGCUGCUGCUGCGGCUGCUACUGCUCCUCCUCCUGGCGCGCCUCUGUCCCCUGCAUCGGCAACACACUCUCGCAAGCCUUCUGUUACUUCGGUUGGCGCCAUGGGCCCUCCUGGCGAGGAUGAGCCCGACUUGUCCACCAAGCCUCGCUGCCAGCGUUGCCGCAAGAGCAAGAAGGGCUGCGAUCGUCAGCGCCCCUGCGGACGAUGCCGAGAUGCUGGCCUUACCGCGGACCAGUGCAUCAGCGAAGAUGAGGGCAACGGUCGCAAGGGCCGUUAUGGACGCCACAUGGGCGUUCCCAUCAAAAAGGAAGAGCUGCUCACCGUGGCUCAACCUACGCUGCUGCCGGCCGCUCCCAUCGCCCCCAACACCGUCGCCGUCGCCAUGUCUAUCGACAAAUCCAAGAAGCGCAAGCGAUAA